UCGAUCCAAACAAACCAAGUCUAUUCAACAAUGGCCUUCAAGUUCGUAGUCCUCGCCGCCCUCGUGGCCGCCGCUAAUGCCGGCUUCAUCCCAUCUGCUCCUGUAGCUUAUGCUGCGGCACCAGUAGCGGUGGCUCCAGUAGCUAAAGCUGUAGUAGCUAAAGCUGUUGAUGCCGACUUCGACCCACAUCCCCAAUACAGUUACGCUUAUGAUGUCCACGACAGCUUGACUGGAGAUGCCAAGAGCCAACAGGAGACUCGUGAUGGUGAUGUCGUUCAGGGUAGCUACUCUCUUCUCGAAGCUGAUGGCUCCAGACGCACCGUCGACUACACUGCUGAUCCCGUAAAUGGAUUCAACGCCGUUGUACGCAAAGAACCUGCCACCGUUGCCGUCAAAGCCGUAGCAGCUGCUCCAGUAGCUCACGUUGCAACCCCAGUCGCCCACGUCGCCCACGCUGCUCCUUUGGCCUAUGCUGCACCUGUAGCUAAACUUGCUGCCGCCCCCAUCGCUCAUGCUGCUCCUUUAGCCUAUGCUGCAGCCCCAGCAUACGCUAAACUUGCUGCUGCCCCAGCCAUCAGCUACGCCGCAGCUCCAGCCCUCAGCUACGCCGCAGCUCCAGCC